GUUGAAAGUGUGCGUGGUGUCAACUUGCACCAGGUGAAGCUGCAAACACACUGAAGGUCUUGAUGCCCACGCGUUCCCAAACAGACGGACAUGAGCAGCAGCAGCGGGGCCAAAGAGUCCUCUCCUCCCCAGCCGAGCACCCCACAACCGCCCGCUGCAGAGCCUCCGCAGCGCAGGGGCCGAGGUCGUCCACGUAAACACCAGCAGGAGCCUGUUGGGCCCCCCACUCCAAAGCGACCAAGAGGAAGACCGAAGGGCAGCAAGAACAAAGGACCAAAAAGUGCACUGAAGAAAGUAGAGCCCGCUGGACAAAGACGACCACGUGGGCGACCAAGGAAAUGGCUCCAGCGGGUGGUUGAAAACACAAGUGAAGAGCAGGAGGUGUUCUCAGAAGGAGGCGAGACCCAAGGACGCGCGCAGUCUGAGCCCUCGUCAUCUCAGCUCGCAGGCCGGGAGGAAAGCCACUAGUGAAGGAUGCAUCAGCACCUACCUCAAGGUUUGACUGGACGACUGGAUGACGGGAUGCAGCAAAAUAUACGCACUCCAGCUUGAUGAAAGAAUUGAUUGGUUGAGUUAAAUGAGGGGGGAAAAAAAUCACCAGUCUGCCAAUACCACCUGCAACCAUUUAACCUUGUUGCUGAUUUUAUAAGGUCCUCCUAAAUAGAUUAAAAAAGUAUCAAACAAACCAUUAUUAUUCUCUAAAAGGAACAUUUGUGGGUGAAAUGUUUGAUGAAAUGUUUGAUUUGUUUUUAAAAACUCUCAUUGGUCAUGUAUGGCACAUGCGCCCAAAGUUGCCCACCACUGACUUAACCCCUCGUGCUGACAUAUGAUAAAAAAAAGCAGAAUUCCAUUAAGUUUCUAUUCUUUUAAAACACCAUGAAAGCUCAGGUACUAAAGUAUUCAGGUUUUCAGUACACAGUAGUAGUGAUUAUUUGUGUUAUUUGUUUUGGUGCGCAUUUCAUUUCAUUGUGCUUUGAUAGAAACACCUCCCUUCAACCACUCUUACCUUCUUUUUUUCCUCACCUGUCACUCUACCUCAGCAACACACAAGACGGACCAUCUCCAUUCAAGUACUGACACAAACAUUUUACUGCGAUGUACCAAUAAAACCAUUAUUUUUGUAAAUGCAGAAAACACAAAAAAUGUUUACACCAAAAAUAUUACUUAUAGGCUUUUUCAGGGUGUCCUCCUUUCUCAUACACUGUAUAUUUUGUGUGUGACAAUUAUUGUGAUCUAUGGCUCAAGACUUUAGUAGCAAAUCCUAACUGUAUUAUUUUAUCAUGUGAGUGCGCACAGACUCCCAAUAAAAGACUGAUUCUUGAGGACAGAUAUUUUUGGGUUAUAUUUGAUCGUUUCUAAGCAGCUAGGUGAAGUUUAAGUGCGUGGAAUAAUGCGUCUGAUGGCAAAUGGUGACACAAUGCUACGUUAUGAAAAACAAAGUGGUUGACGUUAACAUGCUAAAAUGUGAGUGACUAAUCCAUACUGGACACUGGACAAGUUUCUAUGCUUGUUCGAGAAAAAGGAACUAGGUUAUUUCCUCGUCUUCCCAUGUUAAAAACCAGAUUGAAACCACAGCAAACCACAAUGACUCUUUUGGGGUUGUGGUUUGAUGGAC